AUGUCUGUGGUUGGAGAAAGGAAAAAGACUCCAAAAGGUUCACUUAAAGAGAAAGUGCUUCAGGUAUAUGAUAAGCUGUUCCAAGGACAAGACAUCACUCAAGGCAGAGCGGAAUUUUGGGACGACUUUUUCCUACUGAAACCCAAUCUCAAAUGUUUGUCUGCACACUUUGAGAAAACAAGUUCAGAAGAUCUCGUUAGACUGAAGCCUCAGCUCAACAGAUUGUUUAUACAAUGCCUUCAAACAGCUCAGUAUGAUGGACAUCGCAUCCGAGUUGCCAACGCUAUUCAGACGUUGGACUGUUUACUGAGUGGCGUUCACAAGUGUAGAUCACCAAGUAUAAAUGAGGAACUUAGCGCGAUACUUUUAGGACCGGAGCAUGUUAAAGAUUUCAUGGAGAACUAUAUUUCUCUAUGCGUUGAACUGGUCCGAGAAGAUAAACCAGAAUUACUUCGUAUUCUUAUAUUCAAUUCAAUGAUGACAUUUGCUUCAGUUACUUCAUCUUUAAACAAAAAUCCAUUUAUUCCUAUUCUGUUAGAUGAUCGUAUUUAUGACUUAAUCAUGAAUACAUUGAUCAAUCCUCAAUUAAGAUAUUAUCAUGGUGUUACUGCAUGCAGAUUUCUUGGUCUACUAUUACAAUAUACCGAACCUGAUUCAUUGAAUUUAUUUCAAACAUUAAUUCAGCAGACAGAAGAUGAACUAUUGUUAAAUAGUAUACUGUCUACUGUCGCUCUUGCAUUGUCUGAAUUUAACUUAAAAUUUGGACAACAACGUGACAAUUCUGGUGGUAUUCUAUCUUCUUUUUCAUCUUUUUUCACUACUUUGGUCUCCGGUGAUGUUGCAUCGAUUAUUAGUUUAAGACCAUGUGAUUCACUUUUGCUAUGUCUAUAUGAAUUAGCUAGAAAAAGUAUAAUUGUCCCAGAUCCUAUAUUAGAUUAUAGAAUUUUAAAAGCUAUUAGUACUGAAUCUAUGGUUGGUUAUUUGGAUCCAAAUUUAGUUUCACCGGGUAAAGCUGUCCCUGUAUCGGCUAUUACAACUAGUACCACUAUUAAUACUAGAAAUAAUAAUAAUGGUAGUAGUAUUAACAGUAGAUCUUCCAGCCCACAAAGUUUAUCAUCUUUAAAUCAUUCAACUAAAAGUGUCAAUAGUAAUCGGUUGAAUACAAUAUCAUCAUUUAGUAAUGGACAGUUUAAUAGUAAUAAUAAUAAUAACCUCAAUUUGGACAUGGAUUCACUGUAUGCACCAUCUAUGGAACCGAGAAAUUUAUUGGCUGAUUUAUUAGAAUAUUGUUCUGUUGUAAUGCAAGAUGUUAAAACUCCGGAAUCACUAAACAGUUGUCAUCUUUGCUUAAUUAUUCUUUGCUGUAUAACUCAGAAUCAAUUGGCUUGUCCCUUAUUGCAUGAUAUGCAAACCAGUUUUAAAGUUAGAAUACAUAAAUCUCGUUCACGUAAAUCUGAUCCGAAAAGCUACAAUGCAUUUACAAGUCGUCCGAUUGCUAUGGUUAUUUUAGACUUGAUGAUAGAAUUUGCUCAUGGACAUUUGAUGAAGAAACUUCCACAUCGUUUAUAUAAACUUUGUUUAAUUGUAUGUCAAAAUUUAUUAUGCUAUCAGAAAAUGCAUAAAAUUCGUCUGGAAUUCGACUGGAAAUCGUUAUGGACAGUUAUUUUAAGUUUACUCAAAUUUGUCCUCAACUUGGAUUGCAAUAAUUUACAAUUGCUUGAUGCUUUGAAAUUAAUGGAAAAGUCACUUCAAAUAUUCAACCUUUUCAUUCUUCAUGGUGAUAAAUUUCUUCAAUCGCCUGACGUUUAUGAUAACUUAUACUAUGAAUUAAUACGUAUGCAUUUACUUGUUGAGAAUCUUUAUGAAUAUUCUCUUCAACAUUCAACUAGUACUGUCAUGGGAAUUAAAGAUGCUGCAUCUUGUGUUGUACUUCAGUUAAGCACUCUACGAUCAAUUGUUAAUCAUUUCAACGCUAAAAUUGCUUCAUUCUCAACAUUAAAUAAUGUAACUUCUCUUACGGAGAAUCAAGUUUUAGACAUUGUUCGAGCCAAUUAUGAUUCAUUGACUUUACGAUUUUUAGAGGAUUUAGAUAAAAUUGAAGAGUUUGAGAGUGACAAUGAAGAUUCAAUAAUGUUUCAUAAUAUUAUUGAAUCGAUCAGUAAACAAAUACGUAAAGAUUGUUUAGAUUCAAGUUUAGAUAUACAAAAUCAAUUGCAUGAAUUAUCAUCAAUACCAUGA